AUGCCAGACUACCACCCACCACCUUUGUCCGGCCUGCGCGUCCUGGAAUUCGCGGGAUUGGCACCAGGCCCCUUUGCCGGCCUCCUCCUCGCCGACUACGGCGCCUCCGUCCUCCGACUCGACCGCGCAACCAUAAGCCCCCAGCCCACGGCGGACCAACUCACGCGGCGCAAAACCUCGAUCCGGGUCAACAUCAAGAGCGCCGCCGGCGUCGCCCUCGUCCAGCGACUUGCGCGCGAAGCCGACGUCCUCAUCGACCCGUUCCGGCCGGGCGUGCUGGAGAAGGCUGGACUGGACCCGGUCACGGUGCUGCGCAGGAUCAAUCCGCGGCUCAUUGUCGCGCGCAUGACGGGCUUCCGUCGCGAUGGCAAGUACAAGGACAUGGCCGGCCACGACAUCAACUACAUUGCCGUCUCCGGCGUGCUGUCCCUGUUUGGCCGCCAGGGCGAGCGGCCGUAUGCGCCGGGGAAUGUGGUGGGCGAUUUCGCGGGCGGCGGUGCCAUGUGUUUCAUCGCCAUCUUGCUGGCUUUGUUGGCGAGGGAGCGGUCGGGCCGCGGCCAGGUGGUCGAGGCGAAUAUGGUGGACGGGAGUGCAAUGUUGGCGACGAUGCCGAGACUCGGGGGCAAGACGCCCGUGUGGAGUGCGGAGCGGGGCACGAAUCUGUUGGAUGGCGGUGCGCCGUUCUAUGACACGUACGAGACCAAGGAUGGCAACUUCAUGGCCGUCGGAGCCAUCGAACCCCAGUUCUAUGCCGCCCUCCUCCAAGGCCUCUCCCUCACCCCGUCCGACCUCCCCGGCGACCGAAACAACAAGUCCGACUGGCCGGCGCUCAAAACCUUCUUCGCGUCCGUCUUCAAGACCAAAACUCGUGCAGAGUGGGAACACAUUUUUGACGGCACAGAUGCCUGUUGUACCCCUGUUCUUACCCAGCGUGAUCUCGAGGCACGUGGCUUCGAUCAACGACCUGCGGUCACAUUGCGGGAGACACCGGGGCUGGCAAUCACAGAAGGGGAUGACGACAGGAGCGCGGCUGAGGGACAGGGGAUUGGUUGGGAGGGGAGUGGGUGGGUGGAGAAGGGAUUGGUGCCGGGCGAGGGCGGGGAGGAGACGAUUGAGAGGUGGAUGGGGUGGACCAAGGGGAGGCAUUACGAGGAAGUGGACGGGGGUUUGGGCUGGAAGGACAGGUCUAAGCUGUAG